AUGGUGGUUCAGUCACUUGUUUCCACGGAAAAAAGUUCUAAUCCGGUUGAUAGUGCUGCUCUCGACGCUGGAGUUGUUUCGAUUGAUGAUAAUCCAGGAAUGAACUGCAAAGGAGUGGAUAAUAGGAAUUCGGACAGAUCACCGAGCGUGAGAAGGACGAGUGCGAGGAUAAAAAAACUGGAGACCGAAAAGGCUCUCCGAGUUGGUAAGAGAGAAGAAUUGUUGAAUCAUGAGGAAGAUAGAGUUGUUCUAAAGAGGACCAGAGUGUAUAGCAGAAGAAAGGUCGACACGCCUAAUGUGGGUUCUGACGUUGCUGAAAUUGGAGGGUCCAAGGUUCAGACCGAGGUUUUAGGGUCAAAUGAGGCUAAGGAUUGUGCUGUAAUGGAGAAUCGUGGGAAGACGAAUAUUGGUUUGAAAGAGGUUACAGAGGACGGGGCAGGCUCUGACAAAAGUGCUUGUGCAAUGGUUACGGAGACUUUGAGGAUUUUUAACAAACAUUACCUGCAUUUCGUCCAGUUUGGAUAUUUUUAUCAUUGUUCGUCUGUUAAAUUGGCGGAGACUAUGUUGGAAGGAUCAUUGUUAAAACAAGACAUGAUAGGACAAGAAAUGGAUGCUUAUGAGAAGUUUCAGGAGAAUGAGUUGAUGAUCGAAAAACUUUUGCAGAGAGGGGAAACAGCUGAAGGUGUUGCUAAACGGGAUUCCAGGAGACCUGAUCUGAAGGCAAUAACCAAGGCAAGUCGCUCUUUGAUGGGCUAA